AUGGAGCAAAACACUGACACGAAGGAUUAUACUACGUCGACAAUACUAUCCACUGUCCAGGACCUGCUGUCCCAGCAUGGAUUCUCAGUGAAUCAACCGACGCAUCCUUUUGCCUCAGCCCCAGGCGAGACAGCGUCGCUGCUUAACCGAAUCAUCGAAGAGUCAGACCGUAUGUCGCACGCACUCGGUGCCAGCCUCGCGCUUCCACCAGCGAACCCGAAAGUAAUAUCGCUUUACCGGCAACACGCCACAUUAUCUAGCACGCUCCAUCUGUCGGAACUCAGUGUCAAGACCACCUUGGACGCCCUGCGCAAACGCGCGGGGAUCACGUAUGGCGAGGACAUCCCGCUCGACCGCGCGUCCAUCGUCGGCUGGUGCGUAUCGCGCCUCGAGGCGUGGGGCGCGUCCGCAGGAAUGGAGGCGUUCAAGGAGGAAGAGCGCGAGGGCCGCAUGACCGUCGUCCUCGGCGGGAAGGUGCUCGUGAUUGACAUCGACCUCGCCGUGGACCGCACGGACCCAGACCGGCCCUCGGUCACGGUCGCCAGCGUGAAGACGUCGUACGCGAUCCCGAACGUCGCGACGAGCUCGACGACGCAGGGGUCCGCGUCCUUGGAUGGGUUCCUCGCGAAUUGCGUGCAGGCGUUCCUGACGGAGGUGCAGAGAGAGCCGAGGGAGCAAGACAGCGUGGAGGCUGCGCGGCUCGGGGCGCUCUGCUCGGAGAGCCUCAAGUACUUGAUGACGCUGGACCAGCUCGCCCUUGAUGAAGGGGAAGGGGGGCUGCGCUGGUUCAGCGACAUCGACGUGCUCGCCCAGGAGACGGAGAAGGUUGCUGUGAGCGAAGCUCAAGGCGCGAGUUCGUGCGUUCAAGUGGGCAGCGCCGCGCCGCUGGACGUCUUUCUCAUGCGCGCUCAUAGUUUGCCGCUUCCGUAUCUGACGGGACCUUCAGUGUCGUUCCUUGUUUUCAUUGCGCCACUGACAUAUCUCACCCUGCUGCGCUCAACCUCGUCUGCUGGAAGACAACCACAACACUCGCCCUCCCUCCCGAAACUGGAUGUCCCCUUCGACGUCCUCAGACCUAGGCUCACAUCGCACCCACGGCCAAGGGGCGUCACGGUAGCGUCGCUAGUCCUGUCGUCUGCGGGGACCAUCGGAUCGGAGGCCGACUCCAUGAACAUCGCGGACUUCAGCACACGGCCCACUUUCCCCCUCUCAUCCACAGGAGCGCAGGUAGACCGUGCUCUCGCCCAAGUCUCACAAGUGCCCGGCACGCGACUCGCCAACGACUCAACUCCGCCACCACCGAUUUGGGUGCUCGACUUCACAGAGGGCGGCAAGUACCCGGGUGUCGUGAUGAGCCAGUCGCGCAUGCGCGAGAUCGAGCUCCUGAUGAACCCCCUGAGCGGCAUGGACCAGCUCCACAGCGUGCAUCAGAUGGCGUUCGGUAUGGGGAGCUGGUUGGACCUCCUGGUGAGCAACCCUUCAAUCCCUAUCUCGCCGGAACGCUACACAGCAUCCUACAUUUCACCGACCUCUGCGCACCCUCCGUUGCAGCUGCGUCUCACCGCACCAGAAGAACCAGGUUUCAUCCUUGAGCGAGUGCCGGUGAAGAACCUGAAGGAGAUCUGGGGGGUCCUGGAGAUUGUCAAGGAGCAGUGCUGGCUCAACGAAACCCUGUCGGCAUACCAAUGGAUUCCAGAGGGUCUGGAAAACGGACCCAUGGCCAACGAAAUGGAGGACGACGAAGCUAACGAGGAAGAUCUCCAGGCUGUCCUUACAGGAUCGCUCACUCCACGCAGGAUACCGGUAAACCUUUACCUCACCACCUCUGCGCCAGUUUCGCUUUUCGACGCUCCGGACCUGAGCGCCAUGCCACUGCCCCAAUCAGUCGGGCACGCGAGAAUCCUCAUGUCCUCACCGGAAAGGCCACCCAUGCCUGGUCAAGUCGAGAUCGCCGUCACCUUCGACCCAAGCAAGCCGCGAGGAGUGGCACUAGUUAUUAACGGAGCGAUGGGCGCCGAGCUGAACACCGACGUGCUCGAAGAGGUGUGCAGGCGGGGUGGAACCCUCGGUCUGCCCGGGAGGAUAUGGGCGAAGUCGCUGUCGGCAAGCUAA